AUGUCUGAAUUACAAGCUCUCUGCUACUCUAUAGAGCUCAUGGUCCAUGCAAAAAGGUCCAGUAUACUAUGCUACCCUGAUGCCCUGGUAGAACAAAUUAGGUGGAACAACUCCAUAGUAAUUGAGAAACUCAAUAUUCUCUUUGGCUCUGAUGACAAAAAGGCUCAGGACUUCAUUAAUAACUGGUGCCUAAAGAUCACACAAAUUGCUCUGAAUGCCAUUGUCAAGACUUACCAAAUUGAAAAGAAAGCUUUUGAUAAUAAAUUCUAUUGGUAUUGCAUGCACAACAACAUUAAUCCAGCAUUAAUUCAGUCUUUUUCCUCUCUCAAGAACUUGAUGGAAGAAGAGAAUUAUAAUAAUUAUUAUUAG